UGUUGCAACGAAACCAUGGGCAUCUGGUCUGUGUGGCAUGCCAUGGAGCGUUGUUUGCAAUGAACGCCCUUGCAGACUAUUGUGCAAGCAAGUCUGCAGCAGUGAGCUUUGCAGAAUCUGUUGCACUGGAGCUGCUUGUCCUUAAAAAGGAAGGAAUCAAAACAACAAUAGUGUGUCCCUAUCUACUAAAUACCAAAAUGUUUAGGGGAUGUCAAACAAAGAGACCAUCCUUUCUUCCAAUCUUGGAUCAGAGAUAUGUAGCAAAACAAAUUGUGGAUGCAAUACUACAGGAGAAGAUGUAUUUGCUGUUACCCUCAAGUCUACAUUUCUUGGUGGCACUUAAGAGUCUCAUGCCUGCCAAACUGGGCAUCAUCUUUGUGAACUUCAUUGGUGGCAUGGAUCUGAUGGAUCACUUCAGGGGGGAUCCUGUACCCAUUAUCAGCUACAAAAAGCCUCAGCGCCAACGAAAUGACAGUGUCAGUGAUCCACAAACCACUCUUAUCUAUUACAACUAGCAAAAAACAGUGUAAAUCACCAGUGAUCUUAAAUGUAUGAGUAAUAUCAGUCUACUCAAGUAUACCUGUGUUAAAUAAUUACAGAACUGUGAAUAAAUUCCUUUU